CUCUACCUUCAGCCGAUCAUCCCCCUCUCCUCUCUACCUUCAGCCGAUCAUCCGCCUCUCCUCUAUACCUUAAGCCGAUCAUCCUUCUCUCCUUUCUACCUUCAGCCGAUCAUCCUCCUCUCCUCUCUACCUUCAGCCGAUCAUCCUCCCCUCCUCUCUACCUUCAGCCGAUCAUCCUCCUCUCCUCUCUACCUUCAGCUGAUCAUCCUCCCCUCCUCUCUACCUUCAGCCGAUCAUCCUCCCCUCCUCUCUACCUUCAGCCGAUCAUCCUCCUCUCCCCUCCUCUCUACCUUCAGUCGAUCAUCCUCCUCUCUAUCUUCAGCCGAUCAUCCUCCCCUCCUCUCUACCUUCAGCCGAUCAUCCUCCUCUCCUCUCUACCUUCAGUCGAUCAUCCUCCUCUUCUCUCUACCUUCAGCCGAUCAUCCUUCUCUCCUCUCUACCUUCAGCCGAUCACCCUCCUCUCCUCUCUACCUUCAGCCGAUCAUCCUCCCCUCCUCUCUACCUUCAGCCGAUCAUUCCCCUCUCCUCCCUACCAUCAGCCAAUCAUCCUCCUCUCCCCUCCUCUCUACCUUCAGCCGGUCAUCCUCCUCUUCUCUCUACCUUCAGCCGAUCAUCCUCCUCUCUACCUUCAGCCGAUCAUCGUCCCAUCCUCUCUACCUUCAGCCGAUCAUCCUCCUAUCCUCUCUACCUUCAGCCGAUCAUCCUCCCCUCCGCUCUACCUUCAGCCGAUCAUUCCCCUCUCCUCCCUACCAUCAGCCAAUCAUCCUUCUCUCCCCUCCUCUCUACCUUCAGCCGAUCAUCCUCCUCUCCUCUCUAUCUUCAGCCGAUCAUCUCCCCUCCUCUCUACCUUCAGCCGAUCAUCCUCCUCUCCUCUCUACUUUCAGCCGAUCAUCGUCCUAUUCUCUCUACCUUAAGCCGAUCAUCCUCCUCUCCUCUCUACCUUCAGCCGAUCAUCCUCCCCUCCUCUCUACCUUCAGCCGAAUAUCCUCCUCUCCUCUCUACCUUCAGCCGAUCAUCCUCCUCUCCUCUCUACCUUCAGCCGAUCAU